AUGAACCCUUUUGAUUGUAAUUUUCAACAACGCAUCACAGCAAAGCCCACUACUGAUAAAUGGACCCCUAGUCCCACAUUAAAAUCUGCAGUCAUCUAUACCUCUCCCGAACCUGAAAUGACUUUAGAUACAGUAAGAUCACCCGAAACUCCACCCAUGUCUGCCAGUGAAAGCCCUUCAAGUGCAUCUUCUUUCAGCUCUAUCUCUGAACAAACCUCACUCCCAUAUUCUCCUCAACAAUCACAUACCAUGAUAAAUCCUCAAUUCAAUAGUUUCUCUCCGGAACAACAGGAGCAAAAUCGUCGCAGUAGCCGAAUUCAAACUAAGCAACCUUUUUUCUCUGAAUAUUUAAAAGAAAACGAUGGCGAUUUUAGCCCUAGAUCUGCAUCUGUCCAAAGCGGUCGCAAGAGACGCAUUGUUUUUGAAGGUGAUGAUGCAGAAGAUCGCAGAAAGAAAUUUUUAGAACGUAAUCGUGUUGCUGCAUACAAAUGCCGCCAAAAGAAAAAGAACUGGAUGCAAGAUCUGGAGCAAAAAGCUGAAAUUCAAAAUCAUCACAACGAAGAACUCCGUUCACUGGUGGCACAACUCAAGGAAGAAAGCAUGUACUUGCGCAACUUAUUACUUACUCACGGUAAUUGUGAUUGUGAUUCUGUACAAGCAUACCUUCGAAAGACGUCAGUUGAGAUUACUCGAAAUGUACAAGUGUUACCGGUGGCACCUCCUAUUAGAAGACAUUCUACAUACGCUCCUACUAUGCCAGCCUUUGAAGGUCCCUUUAAUCCUAUGCCACCAUUCCAAGAAACCUCUACAGGUUUAACACCAUUUCUUAAUACUGUCAUUAAUAAGUCUGAGCCAUCAAACGAUUAUUUCUCCCAAUCCCAUGCGGAUUCUGCUUAA